ACAAGUAUUUUUAUUUAUUAAAUAAAAAAAAGGAUAUAGGAUUGAUUUUUAGUGAUCAUCUAUAAUAAGUGUCCCAUUUAAAUUAGUUCGUCUAUUUCAAUUUCGUAUACAAUCGAAGAUGUUUCAAAAAUAUAGGUACAUAUAAUAGAAAGAUUUGAAUGAUAAAAAAAUAUAUAAGUUUGAAACGCAUGAAAAAGCAUGAGAAAACUUUUCGACUAUCCUACAUCUGUUGAAGAUUUCUUUAAGAUUACGUCUUAAAAGAGUGAGAUUGAAGAUUAUGUCUUUGAAGAGUGAGAUAAUCAAGUUAAAUGACCGAAGAUAAGAAUCGCGUCGGGACAGUUGAAAGAAAGUUCGGUACAUGCGAUUAUAACAAGAUCUUCUUGUCAGGACUUUUUCAAUUGUGACUUUAAAUGCGCAAAAAAAGUGUUGUUAUUUUAUUUUAAAAACCGCUGAUUAGUAUUCACCUUGCAUUCUUUCAUUUUAUAUUAUUUACGUCACGCAACCGUGAUCGGAAAAAUGAUACCACAGCUGACUUAGUUGACCCUGAUGUUAUUUAAAUCUAUUGUAUAAUCUUAAAAGACUUGUAUUACUCAUCUCAAUUGCAUUCUAUAAAAAUGUGACAAAAUGCUGUAAACAGUUUUUCUUUGUGCCAGUCGGAUCGUGUGUCUUUGUGAUAUAAAUUGUGUCUUAUUUAAAAUAAGCAACUGCAUAAGAUCUUUCAAACCAAAAAUUCUCAAAGAACGUCAAAAAGUCAUCUGUAUUAUCCUACACUUUGACUGUGUUUAAUAUCAAAAUUCUAUAGCUAUCUAUAGAGAAAGAAGUCGACAAACUACAGUACAGACAAGAUUGAUAGGAUGCGAAUAAUGUAUUAAAACUAGAAAAAUAUCGGCAUGUAUAUAUUUGAAAGAAGAUCUGAAGAUUUAAAGAAGACCAGAAGCAAAGAUUUAUAUCUCACGCGUGAUAAGCACAGUUUUACGAUGCUCAGGUUCUGCUUGACGAUCAUAUUCCUGGGAUACGCCGGUGGAAUGUCACUGGGUAUUCUCGAGAUGAUCUAUCACUUCUCAGGCUUCCCGACACUACCAAGGAGUUGGACGUGGCAAAACGAGGUACCCGAUCACUCUGUUCCCUUCGACUUCCUGGUGAUCGGCGCCGGCUCGGCGGGAUCCGUCCUCGUGAAUCGCCUGACCGAGAAUCCCGACUGGAGGAUUUUGGUCCUCGAGCAGGGUAACGACGAGAUCUUCCUCACGGAUAUUCCUUUUCUGGCGCCGAUCCUCUACAAGACGGACUACGCUCGCUUGUACAAGAGCGAACCGCGACCGCAGGACGCGAAUGGCCAAGGUGGAUACUGCAUUUCGAUGGUCGACGGCCAGUGCAACGUGAUGUCUGGGAGGGCAGUCGGCGGCACCUCGGUGGUGAACUUCAUGAUCUACUCGAGAGGAGCACCGGCCGAUUACGAUGCCUGGCAGGCACUCGGUAAUCCCGGCUGGAGUUACGAGGACGUGCUGCCGUAUUUCAUCAAGUCCGAGAGGUGCAAGCUGACCGAUAAAGACGUCAGAUAUCAUGGAUACAAUGGAUAUCUGGAUGUGACGAUUCCUCCUUACUCUACUCCGUUGAAGGAAUCUUUCUUGAAGGCCGGUCAGGAACUCGGUUACGAUCUGGUAGACUACAACAGCGACAGACUUAUAGGCUUCUCGGGCGUGCAAUCAACUCUGCGAAACGGACGCAGAGUUAGCGCCGGCAAAGCCUUCCUCAGACCGAUCCGCGACAGACCAAACUUUUAUUUAUCUAAAUUUGCGACGGUCACGAAAAUUGUUAUUAAUCCAAAGACGAAAACAGCCGUCGGCGUUGAAUUCAUAAAGAAUCAUAGAACGUACUUUGUCUCCGCCACUAAGGAGAUUAUACUCUGUGCAGGUGCUCUUAAUUCACCACAAUUACUGAUGCUGUCUGGAAUAGGCCCAAAGGACCACUUGAGCUCCUUAGGCAUCCAUGUAAUCGAGGAUCUUCCAGUGGGGUUUAAUUUACAGGAUCACGUGAGCAUGUCAGCUUUAACGUUUCUAGUCAACGAGAGCGUGACUAUUGACGAACCACGUCUAAGUUCUAAUCCGUCCAUUUUUCUGGACUACCUGAUACAAGGCACAGGUCCUCUGACGAUACCCGCAGGCGCCGAAGCAUUAGCUUUCUUUAAUACUAAGGCUCAUUUGAAUAUGAAAAAGUCCAAGUUUAAUUCCAUUGUCCAGGAUGAAAAUAUAUACGGAUAUAGCGCUUGGACUGUUCCCGAUAUAACUUCCAUCACCGUCGAUCGUGACAUCUUUAAAACAUAUCCUAACGGGAACAAAUUAUUGACAGAAGACGAUUAUCCCGACAUCGAGGUGGUGUUAGGCGUAUCCUCGUUAGCCGGUGAUGUUUCCGGGGUUUAUCGCAAUUUGCUUGGAUUAUCGGACAAUUUUUAUAAAGAAGUUUUUAGCAAUUACGACGGAUUCAACGCUUUCACACUCGUGCCUGUGCUUCUGCGACCCAAGAGUCGCGGCAGAAUCACCUUGAGAAGCACCAACCCGUUGGAUUUGCCUAUCGUGGACCUCAAUUAUUAUGAUAACGAGGAUGAUCUGAAUAAAAUGGUGCAAGCUAUAAAGAUAGCGAUGGAAAUUGCUUCCACGAGAGCGUUUAAACGUUACAACGUCACGCUGCUACCAGUAUCGUUUCCAGGAUGCAAACACAUUGCUUUUAAGAGCGACGCAUAUUGGGCCUGCGUCGCCCGUCACGUAACGACGAACGUAGGCCAUUACUCAGGUACGUGUAAGAUGUCCACGCGGAAAAAUUCGGGCGUGGUGGACCACAGAUUGCGAGUGCAUGGGAUCAAUGGUCUCAGGGUCGUGGACAUCAGCAUUAUGCCGACCAUAAUAGCCGGUCACACGACCGCGCCCGCGUACAUGAUCGGCGAGAAAGCCAGCGACAUGAUCAAGGAGGAUUGGAAAGAUUUUGCUCCGUGAAUCACACACACACAAACACACACGUAUACAUCUACAUACAAGGUGUGGGAAGCAAGGAAGUGGAGGAUGUUACGAAGUAAAACAUGUGGGACGCGUUAUCGUGAAAGUGCGUAGACUGUGAUUAAAUGAAAAUCACUUUUAGGUUCAAAGCGAAUAAGCGCGAUAAAUACAUUGAUCUUUGCGCCACAAAAAAUCGUUGAAUUUUUAAGGGGACUUAAAGGAAGCGCUGCGUAUUUACAUAAUAGAGAUAUAUUCAAAUAUUAUACACACAAACUUGUUGUAGAAUUUUUCUACUUUUCGAGUAGAAUAUUGUUUUCUAUAGGAAUAUAGAACCUAAUUACGCAAAAUUAUUAUACGUUUAAAUUAAAAGUGUAGAAAUGACGUUCUGCUCUCAAGUGUAUAGUCCUAGUGUAUAGUCAAGUGUAUAGUUCAAUGACUAUAUAUAAUAUUAUUCAGUUAAUAUAUGUCGGAAGUAAAAAAA